AUGCAGCGUUGCCCCUACAUCCACGAGAUGAAGGAGCGGCUGCUUGGCGCACCUAUUGACGGCGUAGAGCGAGAUCGCUCGCAGGCUGAGCCGCUGCCCGACCCACAGGUCGGCACUAUCGUCAAACUGAAUUCCGACGGGUACGGGUCCCACACGUCGCCGGCUCGCGCUCCACUCGUCACGGACGAGUGCGAAGCGCCGGCGGACGAGACCGAUGCCUUGACUCCCACAGAAGCGGUGUUACGAUACCGAGCGUGCUGCCAGCCUGAGACAAAACCAAAAAAUGCCAAAACUUCGCUAUUCAUUAUCUCGAGUUUCAUCUAUGCGAAGCUUCUGGUAGUUGUGUGCAUUGCUUACGUCAUCAGCGAUGUAAUCACUCACAACCUGCCUCUCUACUACUACGAGGGAUUUUUCACUUACUUGUAUGGCAUGAGCAUAUUGUUCUUGCUAUAUGUAUUCUGCUUCCUACUUCAAGAAAGCGCAUGUUGCAGUGGAAGCCCUCCGAAACCGAAACCUCCACCCAAAGAAAAGAAACAGAAGAAAGAAAAAGAGAAGAAGACCAAAGAUAAGGACGGAAAAGAUGGAAAGGAUGGUAAAGAUGGGAAGAAAGAUGGCAAAAAAGAUGGAAAAAAUAAAGAUAAGGAUAAGAAAGAAGAUUCUGGAAAAGAUAAGGCAGCCAAAGAGAGCAAAAAGCAGAGUCAAUUCCAGCAACAAGAUGUGGUGGAGUUGGAAGCAGGACCAGUGGCACGACCGAUGCGGCGACGCAAAACGUCUCAAAAUGAACACAGUCAUGGCAGUUUCUUUCUCCGAAUUGGUGCUAUUGCUUUUGGCCUUGGAACAAUGAUUUAUAAUGGCUUAGAGUUUGGGACGUUCUUUGAGUUACCCUUAGAAUCGCCUUGCUAUUUGAUUUUGAAAGGUAUAAAUCCAGUUCUACAAAUGGUGUUUACGUUUAUGCAAAUGUACUUCAUAUUUAUGAAUUCCCGUCUCAACAUCCAUCGAUUUAAAGUAAUUGCUCGUUUCGGUCUAAUGCACGUUGUUGCUACCAAUAUUUGUGUAUGGAUUCGAACGUUGGUCCUAGAAUCACUUAAAGAAAUAACAGAUUAUCAUGUGAGGAAUCCUCAAGGUGUUCCCGGAGAAGGCGUGCUUGGAAAAGUCAUCCGGAAACAUACCUUGAGACAUUCUGGAAAAGUUUUCGGUGCUUUAACAACUGCUGCUACUACUAUCGCGUCAACUGCUACUAAUAUUGCUAAAUCAACUGGUGAACAAGUUUUAAGUGUGAUAACUUCAACCAAUACAGCCUCACCUACAACAACUCCCUCCACGACGACUACAACUUCAUCUUAUUAUAAUAUUGGUGGUGGUCCCAAUCCUAAAUCCAAAAUAAUCGACUCCAUAAAGACUACUUUAGGGUAUGAACGAGUAGCUUUCGGUCGAGACUUUAAAGAUUCUUGGCCAAAUGACAAUCCAUUUACAACAACCUCUACUCCUGCACCGAUAACAGUUGGAGUUGAUAAAGUGACACAAACGCAAACAGCCAUGUUGGAAGUUUUCCAAUGGCUUUAUUCUUCAACUAUGAAACCGAUUAUAAGCACUAUGUCCACCUUUGUGACAUCGAGCACUACUGGAUCAUUGCCCUUUGAAAAAGAUGAAUGGGGAAAUAAUAUAGAAACAUACCGUGUCGAUGAACCACCACACUCACCAGCUAAUAAUGCUACAGAAAUCUUCGAAUCUUUCGAUACCUUAAAUCCUGCAGCAUUAAUCGCAAAUAUCGAUAAUACCACUGUUUGUGGUAGAAAUCCAAUAAUGGGAACUAUAGUUACGGAUUCAGCUCCUUACCUUUAUCCGUUCAUCAUAGAAUAUUCUUUGAUUGGAGCUGCUGUUAUUUAUGUAAUGUGGAAGCAUAUUGGACGAUAUCCAAGCGUUGCCAACGAUGAAGAUCUGGAAAGACGUCUGGAAGCUGUUCUAUCCCGCAGGGCAGCGGCAUUAGCGGCAGCUCAACGUGGGAAUCGCGUCGACUGUGCUGGCGCUUCGAAAGGACUAUUCUGUGGACUCCUACUCCUGGUUGCAUCGCUCAUCUGCUUGAUUCUCUUCUUCGUGCUCAUUAGACACCAAGAAUUGAAACGUUUAUCCAUUUACUUGGCUGAUGUAUCUCACUGCGCGCUCAUGGUCCUGUCAAUUUUCGCUAUACUAAUCGGAUUUAUUCGGGUACAAUCGUUGAAGUUCCGUUCAGAAGAGCAAUCGGAUCUGAAUGAUAUACUACUCCGUGUCUCAGCAUUUGGACUCUUUGUGUACGCCGUGUUCAGUGUGAUCGCCGGUGGUAUGGGCGCGUUUACUCACGAACCAAAUCUAUUGGUCAUGAUUACUGGAUGCUUAAGUGUUUUUCAGGUGGUCCUGCAGCUUUUAUUCAUUGCUGAUGUGUCUCGUCGCCGUGUACACCUUCCAGAACAAGAACGUAGCAAGCCAGCUCGUCAAGCCGUCACUUUCCUGCUUAUUUGUAAUGUAACCAUGUGGCUGAUUUAUACUUUCGAAGCACAAAAAGUCCUCGCUAACCCGGUGCAACUGGAUUUCUAUGGUUUCGUUGCUUGGUCACUUGUCCAACGUUUUACUCUCCCGCUUUGCAUUUUCCAUCGUUUCCACUCAGCCGUGACCCUUGCUGAAAUCUGGAAGACAAGCUACAAAGCGCGCUUGGAG